AUGCCGCCUUCUCCACCGCCUAACGCCGCGAUUGAGGUCCAGCCCUCACCUCGCCUCCCGCCACUUCAUCCGCGGCCGCGCCGCUUCGCGAGGCCAUUACGGCUGCUGCUCGUGCUGCUCGCGCUAGCGGCCGCUGCCGCCGUCGGCUGGCUUUGUAUCCAGCACCGCGCGGCGAUCCUUGCGAGGUUUCUCACGCUGCUGCAGGCCGUGCAGGCGCUAGGGCCACUCCGGGGCACGCUCUUGCUCGUCUGCAUGCAGGUUGCGGGCUUUGUGUUGUUGAUACCAACUUCGAUCCUCUCCGUCGCCGCUGGAGCCGCCUUUGGGCUGCAGAUUGGGAUAGCCGCGGCGGCGGCCGGUUACCUCACUGGCUCCCUCUUCCCCUUCUUCCUCUCGCGCCGUGUACUCUCCGCGACCGCCACUCGCUUGGUCCGCUCCUACCCGCUCGCGUCUGGCGUCCUUGCCGCCGUCGAUGAGCAGCCGUUUCUCCUCAUCGUGCUGCUGCGCCUCUCCCCGGCUCUGCCGGCGCCGGUCAACUGCUACUUGCUCGGGCUCACCUCCGUCCCGACGUCGACCUAUCUGGUCGCCACUGCCCUCGGCGCGGCCCCAAACUGCGUCUUUUGCGUCUACCUCGGCUCGCUCAUGCAGUCGAUAGCAGAGGUGCUGCAAGGCGACGGCGCGGCCCCGCCGUGGCCUCUCAUCGUCCUCGGCCUCGCCGCCACCGUCGGCGCGCUUGCUCUCAUCUCCAGCGUAGCGCGCCGC